AAAACGAGCAGUUUGUGGAACAUUGGUAGAAAUCAGCUUUAGAUCGGACGGUAAAAGAGGAACACCAAUCCUCGCGAUCCAGAUCGGACGGUGGAGCGAAGCGCCCAUAUUCAUCACUCGACCGUUGCUUCAUCUCACAGCGCAAAGAAGGCGAGUGGGGCGCAAAAGAGGGAAAAGAAAAACAAAAUCAGAAAAAGGCAAGCGCCGCCGCGGCCGCGGCGCGAACCACCACCAGAUGGCGCCGCCGCCGCCGGGGCGGCCGGCGUGGUCGAUCACCGUGCGCCUGAGGCACCGCGGCUGGCUGGAUCUCCGCGCCGCCGCGGAGAACGUCGUCCUCCCCGGGUGGGGCCGCGGCGGCGAGCGCCUCUCCCUCCUCGUCCGCCUCCGCCGCGGCCUCCGCCUCGCCGUCACCUCCCGGUGCGGCCGCGCACCGCCGGAGAAGAACCCGCGCGCCUGCAGGAUCUUCCGCUUCCUCAGGAGCAAGCUGGCGCGCUUCCCCUCCAUCUGGCGCCGCAAGAAGCCGCCGCCGCCGGCGCGCGCCACCGCCGCCUCUCAGCUAUGGCGGAACCGAGCAACAAUGGCGUGGCCGGCUCAUGGCGGAAGGAGAUGGCCGGCGAGGACGACGGCGACGGCGGCGCUGUACCUCGUCGCCGCGCUCGCCGUCGUGAUGGCUUCCACCGCGGCGGUUCGAGCCAUGAAUGGGUAUGGGAGAGGAUACUACGAACCGGUUGGUCACAGCAAGUCAUGGAGAUUCUUGGUUGCGAAGAAGAUUGCCAGGUUGUUGGAGUUGGAGCCUCGCCUCUACGCGUGGCUCAUGAAGAUCAGCUUGAACCGGCUCCUCAACUGGUAGAAAUUCGCUGGAUCCAUUCACCUAGUGGCUGGAUCACAUUGAAUUGUGGAAAGAAAUUCUCAGCUAGGAAGUAGGAAGGGUUGAUGUUUACAUGCAAACUAAUUUAACUUAGGUUCAUAUGAUUAUAUAAUAAGCAUACAUUCAGGGACCAAACAAAGUGGUAUUGUCAUCUGAGUUUCUGUUU